AGUCUGUGUUGGUUUCGCUGGAAUACACGUAGGAAAAAUUGUGUUUAAUUAGGUUUAGGCUACCUUCCCAUCCCUUAUAGGAAAAGUGCAUUUUCAUAUAUAUGUAAGAUAUCUCAGAGCGUCUCUUCUCUAAAGCCUUUAACCAGUCCUGAGGGAUACAGAGCCUGAUCCGAAGAUAAGAAAUCAGAAAGUACGUUGAACCAAGUGCUUGGUGCUUAAUAAAACACUUUUCUGGCAGAAGGAUAAUGUGAGAUGCAGAUAAUUGUGUGCACAUGUCCCUUUUUUGGACACAACUGCGUGUGAACUGCUGCUGACCAGGGAAGGAGGACCUGUUGGUGGGGAGAAUCGCAUCACUGCUGAAUUGAUGUCAGAAACAGAACUUGUCUGCAUGCCAAGUCUUCUAACCACCUGAUGUUACUAUGUGGGCAAGCUGUUGUAAUUGGCUUUGUCUGGAUGGCUCACCCGAAGAGAUGCAGCCGCAGCCGCAGCAGGGAGCCAGAGUCCAAGCCUAUUCCAACCCCGGGUACAGCUCAUACCCGUCUCCCACUGCUUCUGAACAGAGCUGCAAAGCCUGUGGUGUGCACUUCGACAACUCCUCUAGGAAGCACAUCUGCUUGGACUGCAAGAAGAAUUUUUGUACGUCCUGCUCAAACCAACCUGAAGGUGGUCCCCUUCUCUGCCAUCUAUGCCAGCGUUUCCGAGCCACAGCUUUUCAGCGGGAAGAGUUGAUAAAGAUGAAGGUGAAGGAUCUGCGAGACUAUUUGGCACUCCGUGAGAUUUCUACAGAGUUGUGUCGUGAAAAGGAGGACCUGGUAUUUCUGAUUCUUGGCCAGCAGCCUGUCAUUACCCAGGAAGAUCAGAUAAGAACAAAUCCAUUUAAUACUAGUACCUCUGGACAGCAAGACUUUGUGAUUCUCCCACCAACCGGCAUAGCAUCUCCUACCUCACAUGAUGCGUCUCCAGUAUCUGCAGAUCCCAUCUCAAAUUCACUAGCUCAGGAACAUCAACAGGCAAAUGGUUAUGUGCCUCCAAGCCAAGUUGGUAUGACAGGAGUUGAGAAUGCAGCAGAAGCACCAACAGAGGAGGAGACACAGUCUACUGACUCAGAAGAUAACCUGGUGCAGGGGCGGAAGGCUUCUCUCUCUGAUCUAACAAGCAUCGGAGACAUCAAUGCACUCUCUGUGCGACAGCUGAAGGAAAUUCUUGCUCGCAACUUUGUCAACUACAAAGGCUGCUGUGAAAAGUGGGAGCUGCUAGAGAGGGUGACUCGUCUUUAUAAAGAGAAAGACCUUCAACAUCUAGUUUCCGACACUGAUGAUCAAACUGGUGGUGCUGGGCUCCCUGGCACGGAGGACAACCUCUGCAAAAUCUGCAUGGACGCACCCAUUGACUGCGUCCUGCUCGAAUGCGGCCACAUGGUCACCUGCACCAAGUGUGGGAAGCGGAUGAGCGAAUGUCCCAUAUGCAGGCAGUAUGUGAUAAGGGCUGUCCACGUCUUUAAGUCCUAGGUGUGUUUAAGGAAGACUGGCGAUGCCUUAAAGCCUCAUCUGCUGUUAGAGAAAUGGUCAAAAUCGCUACAGAUAGGUCAGAGAUUAGUACAUGGACCCCAUUGGAAGCUGGAAGUGAGGGAAGGAUGAAGCCUGGGGAAAAUAGCUCUUGCUCAAGCCGUGCCCGGCUGUGUUCUUCCCACUAUAGUGCUUUACACCACAGUGCCUGGACUCCUCGGAGCUUGUUGCCAGCAGCAGACAGACAGACAUCAUUAACAACCUACAUCCUAGAAUAACUUGAUCCACUAGCGUUGGGCAUAGAUGGAUGCUUGGCUUUCCACCACAAAGAUCAGAUUCAGAGGCUUCAUGUUUUCCCCUGAAUAAUAAACAAAAGUGGACCGGGGUCUCAAAAAGUGACGUUUGUUUUGCUGCUUAGGCUAUACACCCAGCAACAACUUUAUUUUCAAAGAUUAAAAUUUUACUGUGCUUGUUAAUUUUUUUUUUUUUAAUUUAAUGUUAAAUUCUUAUGCUUGCAGGACAGGCAGCCAGCCUCUGAUUUCCAUAUUCAGAAUAAGCAUAAUCCUAGCCUAGUGCAAUUGUGGAAAAAUGUGUAGUUUUAUUUGGAGAUGGACUUUGUAUUAUUGAAAAAUGUAAGGGGAGUGAGACUCUGUGAAACAUACAGCCUUACCUUGUGUGGUGGUAGUUUUCUGUUUACAUGCCAGGGAGAGGGAGGUUUCUAGUCUGACUGUUGUUGAUUCCUUUGACUUCACAGGCUUCCUUACAGUAUAUGCCAGCAAUUGUUCUAAAACUGAACUGACUUCACCUGAUUAAGGAGCUACGAAUCUAAGGCUUGUCUUUUAGAGGGUUUAGUGAGGAAAACAUACAGCUAAAUAGUAGUAAGGAUUCCAUUGUUACACAAUCAUAUUUAAGUACAAGUGACUUUUUAGAGGGGAGACGUGAAAGAAAGCAAGCUUUAUCUCCCUUGAAUCAAUGAGUGAUCAUCGCAGAUGCUUCUGUUUUCUAAUCAGCUUCCCCCCCAUCAUCCCCUCUGCUCAAUUUUACGGUCCUGUUGCAUUCAGACUGCUUAUCAAAAGCAAUUUAUUUUAUACUCUUUCUGCUUGUGAGGGUGGGUAGGAGGUGCUGUGGUCUGAUACGUGACAAUUGCAAGCCCCUACAGCUAUCCUCGUGACCAGCAUGUUCAUUUGGAAGCCUUGCUAGAGAACACUGUAACUGGCAUAUUUUUCCCUCAGUGGCCUGCAAGCAUUCAGUCCGUCUGGCCGGUAACACAGCUAAGUUUCAGAAUCUUGAUGCCUUAAGUUUUCAGCUACCAUGAGACUGUACACUCAUUUCAAGUCAUUUGUGAAGUUGAGUACUUUCUGCUGCAGGUUUUUUCCUGUCUAGCUUUCCCCUUUAUGGGGGUGUGUGUGAUCACUUAGUGUUCAAACUGAAUCUCCGCAUGGCUGCCAGCAGAGGAACAGCAUAAAAACCAAGUGUCCACUUACGGCUUCUGGAGUAGUGGAAGUGCAGAUACAGAAAUAAUCACCAAAGCCAUCUACUUUUGCAAUAAGUGGUAAUAUAUGUUAACAGCAAAUUAAACUUGUGUAAUCUUUAACAUGGAAUAUUGCAUGAGUAGCAACUCACUUCUCAACUGGCAUGGAGCGGAGGGUCUCUACUCUGCAAGUUGGGAUCAAAAAAGCACUUAAGAUGAAGAAAUCUGCCACUCAGUAGGUAGCAGAACCUCUGCACUAUUGAGGUGGUCUCUGAACUCCACAAAAAUGCAAGAGCUGCUG